UACAAAUAAGAGCGAGAUAACGGCGAGGACUGAUACAAUAUUCCUCUCUGAGCAGGAGAUUCACUGAAAGCACAGUUUCAUCCAAGAACACAGCAGAAAACAUGGCUCAAGGUCUGGACAUUGACCGCUGGAACCUGGAGUGCGAGUUCAACAACACGGACCAUCGCACUGAUCUCAAUGGCAUAGAUCGUCUGAUUGUAAGGAGGGGCCAACCUUUCUCCAUCAGCCUGUACCUUCGCUCUGGAAGCUACCAACCAGGAGUCACCUCUCUUGAUUUCGUUGCAGAGACAGGUCCUCAACCAUCUGAGCAGUAUGGCACCAGGGCCUCCUUCGGUCUGUCUGCCAACGUUGACACUUCCCGCUGGAGCGCUGCUGUCACCAGUCCCCCUGGGGACAUGGUGGCCCUGUCCAUCUGCUCUGCCCCUGAUGCGCCCAUAGGCCGAUACACCCUGACCCUGGGGCGGUCAGGGCGGAUUGAGUUCAUCCUGCUCUUUAACCCUUGGUGCCCAGGAGAUGCAGUGUAUCUUGACAAUGAGCAGAGUUUGGCAGAGUAUGUCCUUUCUCAGGAUGGAAUCAUCUUUCGAGGCAGCUACAAACAUCCCAUCCCUACUCCCUGGAACUUUGGACAGUUUGAAAGUGGAAUCCUGGACAUCUGUCUGAGGAUUUUGGAUAUGAAUCCAAAAUGUUUGAGAAAUCCUGGCAAGGACUGCUCAGGGAGGAGAAAUCCCAUCUAUGUUUCCAGAGUGCUUAGUGCCAUGGUGAACUGUAAUGACGACAAAGGGGUGGUGAUGGGAAGAUGGAAAGAUGGCUAUGAAGGAGGUGUCAGCCCCAUGUUCUGGAGGGGCAGUGUGGAGAUUCUGCGCAACUGGGACACCCAAGCCUGUCAGCCUGUUCGCUACGGACAGUGCUGGGUGUUUGCUGCAGUGGCCUGUUCAAUUUCCAGAGCCCUUGGCAUCCCCUGCCGAGUUGUCACCAACUACCUGUCAGCCCAUGACAACAACGGUGACCUGGUGAUUCACCGCUAUGUCAAUGAAAAUGGAGAACCCAGUCACCCUACAGAAAUGAUAUGGAAUUAUCACUGCUGGGUGGAGAACUGGAUGACCAGGCCAGACCUUAAACCUGACUUUAAUGGCUGGCAGGCCAGUGACCCCACACCUCAGGAGAAAAGUGAAGGAGUGUACUGCUGCGGCCCCAUCCCUGUCAGGGCCAUCAAGCAGGGCGAGCUCAUGUUCAAGUAUGAUGCACCGUUUGUCUUUGCUGAGGUCAACGCUGAUGUCGUCACCAUCAUGAAGAAAAAAGAUGGCAGCACAGCAAGGGUCAGUAGCGCUACUAUGGUGGGCCAGAAGAUCAGCACGAAGAGUGUGGGCAGUGACGCCAGAGAGGACAUCACUCAUCUCUACAAGUACCCUGAAGGUUCUAAUGAAGAGCGGGAGACUUUCGAGAAGGCCAAUCACCAAAACAAGCUGCUCCAGCAGCAGCAAAACCAAGGCCUACACCUCACCAUCAAGGUCACAUCAGACAUGAGGAAGGGCUGCGACUUUGACGUGUUUGCCGUGGUCACAAACAACACGCAAAGCGACAAGAAGUGCCGCCUGGUGUUUGGAUCUUGCGCUGUGACCUACAACGGGGUUCUGGGGCCGAAUUGUGGUUUUAAAGACCUGCUCAAUGUUGAGCUGUCACCAGGAGGAGAGAGGAGAGUCCCACUGAGGCUGAACUACUCUAAGUACGGUGGAGCAAUCACUGAGGACAACUUAAUCCGUCUAGCAGCUCUUUUGGUGGACUACUCCACUGGAGACGCAACGCUGGCAGUGAGAAGCAUCGUGUUGGAUAAUCCUGAAAUCAAAGUCAGAAUCCUGGGUGAACCAAAGGAGAAUCGGAAGCUGGCUGCAGAGAUCACCCUCAAAAACCCUCUGCCUGAGACGCUGGACAACUGCUGCUUCAGCAUCGAGGGGGCCAACCUCACUGGAGGACGCGUCAUCUCUGAGAGGCUGGACUCCUCAGUGGGACCCGGGGAUGAUGCCAAGGUGAAAAUUUACUUCACUCCCACCCAUUCUGGGCUGAGAAAGCUGGUGGUUGACUUCGACAGCAACAAGUUGUGCCACGUCAAGGGCUACAGAAACGUCAUCAUUGGAAAAUAAAACCUGGCAACCGUGUUUUUCAGAACUGUUAACUCGUUAGCCAUCUAAAGAUAAGCGAAUGCACCUGCUUUUGCACAGUAUUUAUACAUAAAACGCUUCUAUUUGAAUACUUUAGAAUCUCACUGUAUAUUCCUGAUUGCUUCUUUUAUAUCUGUUUUUAUUCAGAGCCAUAGAUAUUUAAAUGUGAACACUUUGUACUCAGUGAGGCUGUUCAAACCUGUGCAUGCAAAACUUUGAACAGAAUACAUACUGUGAUCUGAAGUGAGGCUUUGUAUUUUGAGUACUACGUACUAUUUUUAUAUUUUUAAUGCUACAGUUAAAAGACUUACACGUCUUGUUUUGUGAGAAUCGUUCAACCAGUCACAAUGUCAAUCUUUGGACCUUGUUGGACAAAAUGUGUUUGACUGAGAGCGCAAAUGCAAUGAUUUUUCAUUUGCAGUGGGACAAUCAUCCUUUUGUACAUUUUACCUACAACAAAGAUAAUGAGGGAUCUGGCGUGGUGUUUGUUGUUUCAAUCAUGACUGUAUUAUUUACUGAAGAGUUAAAGUUAGACAAAAUGGUUCAGCAGCAGAGUAUGGACAUCAUGUCCUCCCACAGCAGACAGUUUCACCACAUUCCACCAAACAUAUGGGUACAAUAAUGCCAUACUGUAUUCAUUUCAGAUUUCCACCUCAAGGUUUAUUUCUUCUCUUCUUGUACUUGAGAUGCAAAUGCUAUUGUUUGAAAAGCCUGUGGGUGUCAUUAGGUAAUCUGCCUUGUUCAUGGUAAGCUGCAUUGCUCCUCUGUACAAUAUGUACUGCUAUAUGCUAUAUGCCAUUUUUCUAAAGUUAGAGGAAGUGCUGCUCUCUUCUGGCCACAGACAGCAAUUGCAGGUGUUAAAAAGAAAGGCUGGAAAGCUUCUGUACAAGGCAUGUUGCACAGUCCACAACCUUUUAACUGUUAGCAGCGUUUUGAACAAGCUGUGUGGUGAAGUAAAAGUAAUACAAUAAAUGAAACUGAACUACC